CUUUAUUCAAACUACCAUGUCCAAUCCCAGAGUUUUCUUUGAUGUGUCUGCCAACGGCACUCCUAUCGGCCGUAUUGUUAUGCAAUUGAACGCUGAUGUCGUUCCCAAGACUGCUGAGAACUUCCGUGCUUUGUGUACUGGUGAAAAGGGUUUCGGUUACAAGGGAUCCAUCUUCCAUCGUGUCAUUCCCCAAUUCAUGCUUCAAGGUGGUGACUUCACCAACCAUAACGGUACUGGUGGCAAGUCUAUCUAUGGUGCCAAGUUCGCUGAUGAAAACUUCCAGCUCAAGCACACCCGCCCCGGUCUCUUAUCUAUGGCCAACGCUGGUUCCAACACUAACGGUUCUCAAUUCUUCAUCACCACUGUCCCCUGCCCCUGGUUGGACGGUAAGCACGUCGUCUUCGGUGAAGUUGUUGAAGGUAUGGAUGUUGUCAAGAAGAUCGAAGCUUGUGGCUCCAGCAGCGGUGCUACUAAGUUUAAGGUUGUCAUUGAGGACUGUGGUCAAUUGUAAAUUUUUUUUAGGCUGGUUUUAAAAUAAUGACUUUUAAAAAUAAACUGUUUUAUUACAAAUACAUAAUGGA